AUGUCCUUCCGCGAGAGACGGCGGUCCACGCCACUGCCCGUCGCCUCCGAACCCACCGUCGAUUUCCAGUCUGCCACCGAGGCCAUGCAGCGUGCCGCCGACGCCAUGAUUGCUGCCACCGAGUCGUUCCGCCAGCAAUUUCACCAGCAGGACAUAAACACCUCCGGCCAGGGUUCUCAGAGUAGCGAGGGCUCUGGUUCAGGGUCUAGGUCUGGUUCCGGUUCUGGCUUCGCUUCCAGUCCCAACACAAUCUCCGGUUCCGCCGCCAACCGCGCCGCCUCGGCCGCCUCCCACCGUACAACCGCGUCGGGCCGGCGGCGGGCCGUGUCCUAUCAGCAACAGACCACCACCUACCAGCCGUACCGUCCGCCCUCGACCGACGCUGCUCCGCAGAGCACCGUCUACCCUCCAUCCCCGGCGGUGCCCAGGCCAGGCUCGGCCGCCAGUGCUUCACAGAUAAACCACGCCUAUCCGCCGUCCGUCCAUCGAAACAACAGCACCACACCCACCCAUUCGCACUCCCAGUCCCUGCCGCACCCCAAUUCCCAUCCCAACACCAAACUCAGCCCACGCAACCCCUACCACACCUACCGCGCCGCCCGCAGCAGCACCGGCUCUCCGGCCCCGCCCGUCUCGUUCCACAACAACAAUGCAGCGUCGCAUCUUCACAUGAGCGGGACGACCGCCAGCAUGCCUUCCGUGCCCCUGUCUGAGUUUUAUACAGUCAACCCCGAUACGGCGGCCACAAUGCCGCCCGGGUCCGGGCCUGCACCCGCACUCGCACGAACCCCCGCGCCUGCUCAGCCCGUCAUGCUCAACAAUUCCACCAUCCGCCUGGUCGAGCUGCCCGGCCCGCUUGCGAUGCACCCGCUCUCAAACGAUCCGCAGCAGCCGCCACGGGCUCUCCAGCAGCAGUCACAGCAGCAGCAACAACAACAACUACACCAGCAAGAACAACAGCAACAAGCGGCUGAUGCGUCGACAUCAUCAGCCAACAACGUUAUUGCUCAACCAGCUGCAUCCGCCGCCUCGGCAUCGAUCCCGCGCCCAUCCACCUCGCGUGCCUCCCACGCCAGCUUCUCCCUCAUGCCCAAGGUUCCCAACUCCCCAGGCGCCGGGCCCUCGCGGCGGCUAACCCUGACACCUCCCGUGGCUCCGCCUGUCCCACCUCCUGCCGCAGUCGUCAGGCCGUCGUCCUCGAGCAAUCCCGCCGGCGGCCACCGCCCCUCCAUGUCCUCAUACAUCGACCUCAUCGAGGCUGCCUCCCGCCUCAAGCGCACCCACUCCUACCAGGGCGGCGCGCACGCCGGUGAGCUGAUCCCACGUGACGCCUCCUAUACGCCGGUCACCCCGGGCGGCGUGACGGACGACGGUGACGGCACGGCCGGCGAAACCACCGAGGUCGAGCGGGGGCGUGACCGCAAGCACGACAGGGCCCAGGAUCGAUAUCGCGAACGCGAACGAGACGCUAAAGUCGCAGCCGCAACCGAAGCUGCAGCCGAACACGAGCCGGAGCCUGUCCUGCAGAUCGGCCGCUACACAUAUGUCCGCUCCGAUUCCGGCGACCACGACUACCGCGCGUCGCUGAUCCGCGACGAUGGCUCGCGCCGGUACACCACGCGGCCCGUGACGCGCAACAGCCUAGUUGGUGGCGGCAGUCUCGCGGGCAGCCUGCGGCGGCUGCCCUCCCUGCGCCGCCCCCCGCCCAAAACGCCCUCGCCCAAUGCCCCGCAUGGCUUUUCCUUGCUGCACGAGGCGCUGUUUGUGCUUGUCGUGUGCCUGUCGCAGGUCCUGAUGCUGGCCGGCAUCGCCCAGGCCCUUGUUCCUGCGCAAGCCAUGAGCCGCUCCUUCCCCGACGCCAGCCCGGGCAACAUUGCCUGGUACACCGCUGCCUAUGGCCUGACGUCUGGCACAUUUGUGCUCCCGGCGGGCCGCGUGGGCGACCUGUUUGGCCACCGGCGCGUGUUUGUCAUUGGUUUUGUCUGGUUUGCCGCCUGGAGUCUGCUGGCGGGGUUCACGCCAGCCGUCCAGCACGCCGGCGGCGACGCGGCCACGUCGCACAGAGGCACCACCCUCUUCAUCGUCUGCCGCGCCAUGCAAGGCAUCGGCCCGGCCAUGCUGGUGCCCAACGGACAGGCCAUGCUGGGCCGCGCCUACCCGCCCGGCCCCCGCAAGAACUUGGUCAUGUGCCUCUUUGGCGCCUCGGCACCCGUGGGCUUCGUGGCCGGCGCCGUCAUGUCGUCGCUGUUUGCUAUUUACGCCUCGUGGCCGUGGGCCUUUUGGACGCUGGCCGCCGUGUGUGUGGCCCUGGCCGCCGUCAGCAUGCUGGUGCUGCCAGCCGACGAGGUCAACGUCCAGGAGCUGAACCCAAAGCGGGCGACGAUGGACACCAUGCACACCAUGGACACCUCCCGUCUCGACGACGACGACGACAACGACGACGCGGACGACGCCGUUUUCUCCAAGAAGAAGGUGACCGCGCAGGAAAGCCUCUGGGUGCGCAUGGACGGCAUGGGCAUUCUGCUGGGCGUCGCCGGGCUGGUGCUCGUCAACUUUGCGUUCAACCAGGCGCCCAUUGUCGGCUGGGCCACGCCCUACACGUACUUUUUGCUCAUCUUGGGCCUCUUCUUUGUUGCCGCGUUCCUCUACGUCGAGGCCUUCCAGGCCGUCUGCCCGCUCGUGCCGCUCGCCGCCAUGCGCUGCACCACCAACUUUGUCCUGGGCUGCACCGCCACCGGCUGGGGCUGCUUCUCCGUCUGGGUCUACUAUGCCGUCCAGAUGUUCGAGACCCUGCGCGGCUGGUCCCCGCUCAUGACCAGCGCCGCGUUCGCGCCCGCGCCCGUCACCGGCCUGCUGGCCAGCCUGCUGACCGGCGUCCUGUUCAGCCGCGGCGUCAAGCCCCAUUGGGUCAUGCUCCUCAGCAUGUUUGCCUUUUUCGUCGGCAGCCUGCUGUUUGCCACCUCCGCGCCCGACCAGCUCUACUGGUUCAACCCCUUCUUCAGCAUCCUCAUCAUGCCCUUUGGCAUGGACAUGUCCAACCCGGCCGCCAUCAUCCUCGUCAGCAACAGCGUCCGCCGUGAGCACCAGGGCAUCGCCGCCAGCCUUGUCGUGACAUUUGUCAACUACGCCAUCUCCUUGGCCCUCGGCAUCGCCGGCUCCGUCGAGGCCGGCGUCUUUGACGCCGACAACCUGCUGGUCGGCUACCGUGCCGCGCAGUACUUUGGCCUCGGCCUGGGUGGGCUGGGCAUUCUGUUCGGGACCGCGUUUUUGUGCCAGAGCUACCUGCGCACGCCACCGGCCUCUCCAGUGUCGGACGAGAAGGCCGGUCGUAUUUGA